AUGAAUCAAAAUUAUGAACAACAAAUUGAGCAGAUGCUAUUUAACUCUGAUAGUGACGAAAAUUAUGAUUUUUCCGAUUCUGGUAGCGAAUAUGAAUUUGAAAAUAUUGAACAAGUGUCUGACGAUUUUGAGAGUGAUAAUGAGAUCGCGAAUAAUGUACCAAGUGUAAAUACUCAAUCAUCAACAAUUAAUAUUAAUAAUGAUGGUAGUUGGCAAGAGGAGGAAAUUGAAUUGUCUAAUUUUCCUUUUAUAAAAAAAAAUGAAUUUGCACCACGUUCUCGUAUUUCCGAUUGGAAACCGACAGAUAAAGACGAAAUUUUAACAUUUAUUGCAUUGAUAAUUCACACUGGUACUAUAAAACUCAACAGAUUAAAUGACUAUUGGAAAACACAUCACCUUUUCAGUCUUUCUUGCUUUUCAAAUUAUAUGAGUCGUGAUAGAUUUUUAAAUUUAUUGAGAUGUUUUCAUUUUGCACCAAAUAUUGAAACUAAUAAUCAAAACCUACCCGAAGAUCGCUUAUAUAAAAUUAGACCUUUAAUUACAUAUUUCAAUAACAAAAUGAAUACCAUCUAUUAUCCCAAAAAAGAACUCUCACUUGAUGAGUCUAUGGUGUUAUGGAGAGGCCGUCUCCAGUUUCGUCAGUAUAUUCAAAACAAACGCCAUAAAUAUGGAAUUAAAUUAUACAUGCUCACGGAACCUCAUGGAUUGAUAUUAAAAUUUGCCGUUUAUGUAGGAGUACUCGAUGACUUGGGAGGAAAAGGCCAUGCAGCUAAUGUGGUUUUGCAUUUAAUGUCCGAAAA